AUGAUUUGGCAUGACUCAAUUGCUAAUCCAGCUCCAGGAGGAAUGAGUGAUACAGCAGAAGUUGCCUUUGUACAACUUGAGUUUAGUUACCUCAGUGCUAUUUCUGGUGAUCCAAAGUAUAGUAAAGAGGCCAUGAAGGUCUUAGCUCAUAUAAAAACCCUUCAUAAGACAGAAAGGUCUUGUCCAAUUUACAUCAGUUGCUUUCUCGGGCUCUUGUGGUCUGACAUGUUGUUUCUACCUGGUGCAGCCCUCAAUCAGGUGAACUUGUUGGUGAGAAUAUCAGAACCUGUUGGAUGUGAUUGCUUGGAUUUAUAA